GAAGCAUUGCAGAUAAUGAUCAUCCAUGUUGCGUUGAAUGUCGCACGCCAUAUUUUUCUGUCCAUGUCUUCACCGUGUCUCAAAUUCAAGAAAUUUACACAGGAGCAUGCGGGCGCAACGCUGCAGAGAAAUGUAUUGCAGAAGGUAGUGGGCACAAUUCGUUGUCCAAGCUCCACUCAUGCAGGGCACCGUGUACUGGUUUCCAUUGUACAUUCUCAUAAGUUGGUUUGCCCAAAAUUUGACGAGCGAGUGGCGGAGAAGGUUCGUGGGAAAGGAAAAAUCUGCGACCAGAGUGGGCCAGGCUUCGAGAAAAAGAUGGGCGACUACAAUUUUCACGCGAAUUUCGGCCCAGGGGGUAAGUAUUUGGUACGCCAUCUUCAAGAGGCGCUGUACACCGGCAUCGCCCGACAAAGCUCGCGCUUUGCCAAACCGUUUGAGGGGCCUGUGAGGUGCCGUCAGCCGGGCGAACUUUUGAAGAGUCAGAAGAUCUGCUCACUACGACCGAGGUUUGCGUUUAGCGGACGCAGCCACGGGUCACCGAGAUGCUGCUGCAGCACCACGGCGCGAGUUGCUUGAUGGAGAGAAGGAUGUCUAUAUGUGUCGUGGUUUCAAGUUUGACGGAUUGGAAGAUGGCGCUGGCAUCGUAUCCUUCUCCGUUGUCAAAGAUAAGCAAACGUGUAACCGCAUUCACCACGUAGCCCUUCUCAGCUGUGACCCCUCUUUCAAAUCACCCGAAGAUUUUCAAGAGUCCUUUCCGUGUACUCACUCGCCCUUUUGGGACGGAUGCAGCCGUAUGGCACACGCGUUCAGCAAUGGAGCGGCUGAGUUCGCUUUGCCCCGCGGCGUUGCCUUCCCCUUGCCAGCGAAAUUCGCUUUGUUGCAAGUGAAUUACAAGAGGGCUGAGGCCAAAGUGUCCGACACUCCCCUUGACAGCAUUGGUGUCCGUAUCAAUUUGGACAGAGAUCACCAGCCUGUGCGCCUCUUCGAGCUGGGCCCCAGAUCGGCCCAGAUGUUCAUGACGUUUUCAUACCCCAAGACAAGCGCGCCAUGCUGUGCAGUCAAUAUGUGCGCCGGACUGCUUGAGGGACGCCAUGGAGGAGAAUGCAGCGACAGAGUUCACAAUCAUUGAAGUG